GGGAGGAUAGCACAAGCAGUGGCUGCCAUAAGAAACCUUUGCUGACCCUAUCUGUCAGGCCAGGUGGUACACAGCUGAUAACACCACUACAGCUCCAGGAUCCUACAGCAAGCACCUCUUCAGACUUACACAGACACCCUUCUGCUGCUGCUACUUUGGGUUCCAGUGAAUAUGGUCACAGUUUUGGAAUGAACUCUGGUGUGCAGAAUCUAUAUGGAGGAAGAAUGACAGAAGCCCGGAUCAGAGCUGUACACAGUGCUACGAGUGAGGCUAUUAAUAAUCUUCACAAAUCUCUAGAAUCUUGUCCGACAGAGCAGACCGUAGCUGAAGAUCCUUCUGGAUUGAAGGUUCCGCUGCUGCUGCACCAAAAACAGGCGCUUGCAUGGUUACUCUGGAGAGAGAGUCAGAGGCCAUGUGGAGGAAUUUUGGCGGAUGACAUGGGCUUGGGCAAGACUCUAACAAUGAUUGCCCUCAUUCUGGCCCAGAAGGAGCUGAAGACAGAGAAAAGAAAGGAGAAGUUAGAAAUAUGGCUAUCCAAAAAUGAUUCCACUGUUAUUCCUUCCUAUGGCACUUUAAUAAUUUGUCCUGCAUCCUUGAUCCAUCACUGGAAGAAAGAGAUUGACAGACGUGUGGGCCAUAGCAAACUGAGGGUCUAUUUGUACCAUGGGCCAAACAGAGAUAAACAUGCAGAGGUGCUCUCUGGAUAUGAUGUUGUUGUCACAACCUACAGCCUUCUUUCCAAGGAGGUUCCCACAAGCAAAGAGGAAGGCGAGGUCCCUGCUGAGGACCAUGAUGUUGGGAGAGGGUCAUCUCCCUGUUCCCCUCUGCUCAGGGUAGCUUGGGCUCGAGUUAUACUGGAUGAAGCUCACAAUAUUAAAAAUCCAAGGGUUCAAACUUCUAUAGCUGUGUGCAAACUGAGAGCCAUUGCCAGAUGGGCUGUCACUGGGACGCCAAUACAGAACAACUUGCUGGACAUGUACUCUCUCCUGAGAUUUCUACGUUGCUCUCCUUUUGAUGAAUACAAACUGUGGAAGUACCAGGUAGAUAACGGCACAAAGAAGGGAGGAGAGAGGUUAAGCCUCUUAACCAGGAGCCUCUUAUUGCGGAGGACUAAGGACCAGAUGGACUCAACUGGCAAGGCCUUGGUAUCUCUGCCCAAGCAUAGAACACAGUUGCAUCAGUUGAAACUUUCAGCAGAGGAGCAGUCUGUAUACAAUGUGCUCUUUGCAAGAUCCAGGUCAACGCUACAGUCCUACCUAAAGAGACAAGAGCAGAACAGUGAAGGCAGAGAGUAUGCUGGUGAUAACCCGUUUGAGAAAGUUGCGCAAGAGUUUGGGCUUGGUCAAAAGGAAUUUCCAGCAGGCUCCCAAAGUGCCUCCCAGGUCUCAAGUACUGUCCAUGUCUUGUCCAUGUUGUUGAGGCUCCGUCAGUGCUGCUCCCAUCUCUCCUUACUGAAAGUGGCUCUGGACCAAGUGAACUUGAACAGUGAAGGCCUUUCCCUCUCCAUUGAGGAGCAACUUAAUGCUUUGACCCUGUCUGAGCUCCAGACUCCUGAUUCCAAAUUAACAGUCUCCCUCAAUGGCACAGCUUUUAAAACAGAUCUCUUUGAAAUCACCAGGGAGAGCACCAAGAUAACUCACCUCUUGGCUGAACUGAAAGCUCUUCAAGGUCACUCGGAGUUGCAGAAAAGUGUUGUUGUAUCUCAGUGGACAAGUAUGUUGAAAGUUGUGGCUGUGCACCUCCAGCGACUAGGGCUGAAGUAUGCAACAGUGGAUGGCUCUGUCAAUCCUAAACAGAGAAUGGAUGUGGUAGAAGAGUUCAACAACAACCCUAAAGGGCCUCAG